GUCAUUUCCGUAAUCUUACUUUCCUGUUUUCAACAUCAAACAAGACGUUCUGGUUAGGAUAUUUAACUUCCCAUAGAAUUCUCCAACUCUGUGAAGAAGGAUGACCAAGGGAACCACCAGCUUUGGCAAGCGCCACAACAAGACACACACUUUGUGUCGCCGCUGCGGCUCCUCAUCGUUCCACAUCCAGAAGUCCCGGUGCUCCAAGUGUGGCUAUCCCAAUGCCAAGACCCGCUCCUUCAACUGGUCCACAAAGGCCAAGAGACGCCGUACCCAGGGAACCGGAAGGAUGCGCUAUCUGAAGAAUCUGCAACGUCGUUUCCGCAAUGGCUUGCGUGAGGGAGGACCAGCGGCCUCAAAGAAGAAAUAAGAUAAAGCAGGGACUCCGAUGAGAGGGAUCUAAUAAAAACACCCGAAAUGGAUCCCCAACAACAUA